UAAUAAUGAUAAUAAUAAGCUCCGCCAUUGUAAAUGUAGACUUCUCCUAAACAAGCAAGAAAAGCAGCCACUAAACGCCCAAAACCCAAAUCGCUCCAAUCGAUAUUCCCUAAUUCUAAUCCACGAACCUAAACUUUCCUUCUUCUUCUAAACCCUUUGGAUCUCAGAUCCGCCUCAGGGUUGCUUGAUGGAGAGCUUGGCGCAACUAGAGGCGCUGUGCGAGAGGCUUUACAAUUCGCAGGACUCGGUUGAACGAGCACACGCCGAGAACACUUUGAAAUGUUUCUCCGUGAACACUGAUUACAUUUCCCAGUGCCAGUACAUUCUCGACAAUGCUCUGACUCCUUAUGCGUUGAUGCUGGCGAGUUCGAGUUUGUUGAAGCAAGUCACUGAGCAUAGCCUUGCGUUACAGCUCCGUCUUGAUAUUUGGAGUUACCUUAUCAAUUAUUUGGCCUCCAGAGGACCUAAGUUGCAGUCUUUUGUGACUGCGUCUUUAAUCCAACUCUUAUGUCGAGUUACAAAGUUUGGGUGGUUUGAUGAUGACAGAUUUCGGGAUGUGGUGAAAGAGUCAAUGAACUUCUUGAACCAGGCCACAUCAGAUCACUAUGCCAUUGGUUUGAAGAUAUUGAACCAGCUUGUGUCUGAGAUGAAUCAGCCUAAUCCUGGAUUGGCUUCAACACAUCAUCGAAGAGUUGCUUGCAACUUUAGGGACCAAUCGCUUUUUCAGAUAUUUCAAAUUUCUUUAACUUCAUUGCGUCAGCUGAAGAAUGAUGUUGUGGAUCAGCUGCAAGAGUUGGCUCUUUCUCUUUCUCUUAAAUGUUUAUCAUUUGAUUUUGUUGGCACAUCUGUUGAUGAAAGUUCGGAAGAGUUCGGCACAGUGCAGAUUCCAUCAUCUUGGAGGUCAGUUUUGGAGGAUCCUUCUACACUUCAAAUAUUCUUUGAUUACUAUGCGAUUACAAAAUCGCCUCUUUCGAAGGAGGCACUGGAGUGCUUGGUGCGACUAGCUUCUGUAAGACGUUCUUUGUUUACAAAUGAUGCUGCCCGUUCUAAGUUUUUGGCCCAUUUAAUGACUGGAACCAAAGAAAUCCUACAAACAGGGCAAGGUCUUGCUGAUCAUGAUAAUUACCAUGAAUAUUGUCGUCUUCUUGGACGUUUCAGAGUGAAUUAUCAGUUGUCAGAGCUUGUUAAUGUGGAAGGCUAUAGCGAUUGGAUUCGUUUAGUAGCAGAAUUCACUUUGAAGUCCUUACAGUCUUGGCAGUGGGCCAGCAGCAGUGUAUACUACCUUUUAGGGCUGUGGUCCAGAUUAGUGACAUCAGUACCAUAUCUGAAAGGUGAUGCACCCAGCUUACUGGAUGAGUUUGUGCCCAAGAUUACUGAAGGUUUCAUCACAUCAAGAUUUAACUCCGUGCAGGCUGGAUUACCAGAUGAUCUGUCUGAGAACCCUUUGGACAAUGUUGAACUUCUUCAGGAUCAGUUAGAUUGCUUUCCUUACCUCUGUAGAUUCCAGUAUGAAAACAGUAGUUUGUAUAUAAUAAACAUAUUGGAGCCUAUCCUGCAAACAUACACGGAAAGGGCUAGAAUGCCAACCACUGAUAAUAGUGACCUUGCUGUUAUUGAGGCUAAACUUGCCUGGAUCGUUCAUAUUGUUGCUGCUAUUCUUAAGAUAAAACAAUGUACUGGUUGCAGUGCUGAGUCACAAGAAGUGCUUGAUGCAGAACUUUCAGCACGUAUUUUGCAGUUAAUAAAUGUUACUGACAAUGGGCUACACAGCCAGCGGUAUGGUGAAUUAAGCAAGCAAAGACUUGAUCGUGCAAUUCUUACCUUUUUUCAACAUUUCCGGAAGUCUUAUGUGGGUGAUCAGGCCAUGCAUUCCUCAAAGCAGCUAUAUGCUAGGCUGUCUGAGCUUCUUGGACUCCAUGAUCAUCUAUUAAUGUUGAAUGUAAUUGUUGGCAAGAUUGCUACAAACCUUAAAUGUUAUACUGAGAGUGAGGAAGUCAUUGAUCACACUUUAAGUCUGUUCUUGGAGCUGGCAUCUGGAUACAUGACUGGCAAGCUGCUUUUGAAGUUGGAUACUGUUAAAUUCAUAGUAGCAAACCAUACUAGGGAACACUUUCCAUUUCUGGAAGAAUAUAGGUGUUCUCGGAGCAGAACAACUUUCUAUUAUAUAAUUGGUUGGUUAGUAUUUAUGGAGGACAGCCCUAUGAAAUUUAAAUCUUCAAUGGAGCCUCUCUUGCAAGUUUUUGUCAGCUUGGAAUCAACUCCUGAUUCAAUGUUCCGUACUGAUGUGGUAAAGUAUGCAUUAAUUGGGUUGAUGAGGGAUCUUAGAGGAAUUGCAAUGGCCACAAAUAGUCGCAGAACUUAUGGGCUUCUGUUUGAUUGGCUGUAUCCUGCACACAUGCCACUUCUUUUGAAAGGCAUCUCACAUUGGUCUGACACACCAGAGGUUACCACGCCAUUGCUGAAAUUUAUGUCUGAGUUUGUGCUAAACAAAGCCCAACGUUUGACAUUUGACUCAUCUUCUCCUAAUGGCAUACUUCUUUUCCGUGAAGUCAGUAAACUAAUUGUUUCCUAUGGGUCAAGGAUAUUGUCUCUUCCAAAUGCUGCUGAUAUAUAUGCCUUCAAAUACAAGGGAAUAUGGAUUUCUUUAACCAUACUCUCAAGAGCCCUUGCUGGAAACUAUGUUAACUUUGGAGUAUUUGAAUUAUAUGGUGAUAGAGCGCUUUCUGAUGCACUUGAUAUUGCACUAAAGAUGACAUUAUCAAUUCCUUUGGCCGAUAUAUUGGCAUUCAGAAAGCUAACAAGGGCUUACUUUGCAUUUCUGGAAGUUUUAUUCAAUAGCCAUAUCAAUUUUAUACUGAACCUGGAUACGAGCACUUUUAUGCAUAUAGUUGGAUCCCUUGAAUCUGGCCUUAAAGGCCUAGAUACUAACAUCUCAUCACAGUGUGCAUCUGCUGUUGACAAUCUGGCUGCUUUCUAUUUCAACAACAUCACAAUGGGAGAAGCACCAACAUCUCCUGCUGCAAUUAAUCUUGCUCGUCACAUUGUAGAUUGUCCAAAUUUGUUUCCAGAAAUACUGAAAACCCUGUUCGAGAUUGUUUUAUUUGAAGACUGUGGCAACCAGUGGAGUCUUAGCAGACCAAUGUUGAGCUUGAUACUUAUUAGUGAGCAGAUAUUCUCUGAUUUAAAGGCUCAAAUUGUGGCUUCUCAGCCGGUGGAUCAACAUCAACGGCUCUACCUGUGUUUCGACAAGCUAAUGGCUGAUGUUACUCGAAGCUUGGAUUCAAAGAACAGGGACAAGUUUACUCAGAAUCUGACCAUAUUCCGGCAUGAAUUCCGUGUGAAAUAAAUGCUUACCCCUCAAUGAAAACAGAUGGUUGUGGUAGAAACAUAUAACUGCAGAAGAUGUAUGUUUGAACAAUACUUGACUUGGUUUAGACAUGGAAAUUUCUCAUCGCAGGAGAGGAGCGACUUUUUGAUUGCUUGGUUUUGUUGCCUGAAUGGGAGAAGCAGAUAACUUUGAAGCUUGACGGUUUUUGGAAUGGGGGAAUGAUGCACUAGAAAUUUAAGUGUUGUGGUGAUUUUGUAUAGUUUUUAUCUGUCUAUCCGAGGAGGGGAGAUACUAAAACAUAGAUGCUAUGGUAGUAAUUUCACUUAAAAAAAAAAUAAAAAAAUGCUAUGGUAGUAAGAAAAUUUCUGAGGUUUGCAGAAGCUAUAAUGAUAGUUGAAAUGGGUAGUGCUGUUUUAGUAUCAUAUCGAUUCUUUCAAAAAUUUAGAAAAGAUGUAAAGCAAUUCAUCUGGUUUGUGCUUGUAGAUUACAUGUUGAUAUUUUUGUACAUUAGAUUCUACAUAUUCUUUGUAUUUUUUAUAGUUGAAGAAAAAGAAAAAAAAUAUUAUUAUGUGAUUUGUUCGA